UCCAUAUUCCCUUAUCUAAACCAAGUUAGGAGACUCCCAAUUCCCAAAGCUUUUCUUUUUGGUCCAAGGCAAAUCUUACUAACUCCAAGUCUUUUCUUCCGAUUUCCUUCUUCGAUUGGGAAAGUGUUUUUAUUUUUAUUUUUUUAAAGUUUUGUUUGGCCUUGGCAAUAUCACAUGUAUAUCCGAAGCAUAAACAAGGAAAUAUGCGGUUUUCGUCUUCGGUUUGACCGUUUCUUAAGUCUGUCUUUACCUUGUCGUUCUUAGCUAUUUGACGAACGCGCGCCAUUAAUGCCCAGUACAGUGAUUCACAAGAAGCUAUCGUACAUUUUGAUUUUCCGGUACUUCUUCAAAGCUUCUGGGGCAUGCAAACGGAGGGUUAGGUUAUAACCGGAUUUUAGGAUAAAUUAUUAUCCUUACACAGGAGUCCAGGAGUGCAUUGAAAAUUCUGUUGGAGAUCCUAUACACUUGAAUAGGAUAAGAAAUGGGGAUUUUGCGGUUUCCUUGGAAGAGUUCUGCAGAGUCUGCCGACCCUGUCCUUGGAAUAUUGGCGUUUGAAGUUGCUGGGUUGAUGUCAAAGCUGGUUAAUUUAUGGCAUUCUUUGAGUGACAAAGAAAUUCUAAGGUUGAGAGAACAGAUUGCAGACUCAGCUGGGGUUAAAAGGUUUGUAUCCGAGGAUGAAGAAUACCUAAUGGAACUUGCACUGGAGGAGAUAAUUGAGAAUUUUGGAUGUCUUUCUAGAUCUGUGGUGAGGCUUAGCAAGAGGUGCAGAGAACCUGUGUAUCACCGUCUCGAAGAAUUUUAUAUGGACCCGGUUCACAAUGAUUUUCAGUGGUUCGGUUGGGCAUAUAAAUGGAAGAAAAUGGAGAAGAAAGUGAAGAAAAUGGAAAGGUUCAUUGCUGUUACGAUGCAAUUAUCACAUGAGCAAGAUGUAUUGGCUGAGCUUGAACAAACUCUGAGGAGAAUGCAGUUUAAUGCUCAGCUAGACCGGGUGAAAUUGCUCGAGUUUCAGCAGAAGGUGAUGUGGCAACGUCAAGAAGUGAAGAAUUUGCGAGGGAUGUCUCCAUGGGUGAGAACUUAUGACUAUGUUGUUCGGCUUAUGGCAAGAUCACUUUUUACUAUAUUGGAAAGAAUUAAACUUGUCUUUGGAGUUAAUCAAAUGGCUUCUGAAGAAGAGAAGACUUACUGUCAACCUAGAAAUUCUGAUUAUAUCCAUCGCACCCCUUCCUUUUCAGCAGCUAUGCAUUCUUCUCUUUAUCCAUCUGAGACAAAGGCAUGCGGCUUUUCUUCUGGACCUCCAAGAUCAAUUACGUCAGGGAUGAAUAGUGAUGAGAACACAAUGAACGGAAGGAGGCAAGAAGAUCAUCACCAGUCAUCUGCAGAACGUGGAAAGUUUAAAUAUUCGAAAUCCAAGCGGCAUGGCGGAUCUUUUGGCGGCUGCAUGAUUGGCGGGAGUCAAUCGCCUAUUGUAGAGAGUUGCAAGCCUACAGCUGGUGGUUCCAUGAGGCUGCUCCCUACUUAUGUAAAAAAUAUUGACUAUACGAAAAGAUCUAGUAAGGCGCCUCUUUCUUCAAGUAACAACGUAUAUUUUAAAUUAGCACUGUUCAAUGCCAAUGGUAAAUUGUUGAAUGUACGUGCCUCUACUCUUGGGGAUGCUGCUUUAGCUCUUCACUAUGCAAAUGUUAUCAUAUUGAUUGAGAAACUAGCUUCAUCACCUCACUUGAUCAGUCCUGACGCAAGAGAUGACCUAUACAAUAUGUUACCUACGACAAUAAGAACCACUUUGAGGGCAAAACUCAAGUCCUAUGCCAUAACUAUGGGUUCAUCUGUCUACAAUCCUGCCCUCGCAGCAGAGUGGAAUGUGGCACUCCUGCGGAUAUUGGAAUGGCUUGCUCCACUUGCUCAUAAUACGAUAAGAUGGCAUUCUGAGCGAAAUAUUGAGAAGCAGCACGAGGUUUCCAGAACAAAUAUCCUUCUGAUGCAGACCCUCUUCCAUGCUAAUCAAGUAAAAACGGAAGCUGCGGUCACGGAGCUUCUGCUUGGCCUGAAUUAUUUCUGCAGAAUUGGUGGUGUUAAUGGGCUAAAGAUGGUCAGGGAACAGGCCAUAUCAUGAUUGGUUGCAAGAUAAUACUCCUUAUGACUGCUUUGAAGUUUGAGAAACGAGAAUGGCUUUACUCUUUAGGCAAGAUAUCUUACGACAGAAGGGAGUUAAGUGCAUUUGAUCCACUUGACACUUGAGCCUCUGCUACGCGCUCACUGGGCACUGCAAGCGCAAUCUAAUCUGAACAUGUCCUUCCUAUCCAUGAUUUCUCGGGUAACUUUGCCAUCAAGUUUCCAGUCAUGAUGAAGCAAUGACUGCAAAACAAAGUGUAAAGCAGCCAAUUACAGAUGUGCGCAGGCGCGCAUAUUCUUUGCCCAGCUGCAAAUGGAAGUGGCUCAAAAUGUUGCCCUUUAUGAUAAACUUUCGAGUUGAUGGACCUCUCAGGCAUGACGAAACAAGGGUCAUCCCAAACAUCGGGGUCUCAUCAGAUUGCCCAAACGUUCACACCUGUGUUUUUUACAAAGUAUCCGUAGAAAUUGGUAUCAGGCGUAGCCUCUCAGCAGGACUAUGAGCGGAAGAUUGUAAACGUCACCCAUUUCUGCCUUUCUGUUUGUUCCCACCACUGGUGUAAGCUCAGCCUUGGCAUUGUUCAUCGCUUCAGGUUUGUAUGGUAGCUCGGUGAGCGCCCAUUCAACAGUGGAGAUUAAGAUCGUGGGAGCUGAAUUUGCCUGAUGUGCCGAACCAGGGUCUUAGUUGUUAAAAGAAAGCAAAGCGCAAAACUAGAAUCUUUGUUUAAUACCAUAAGUGAGGAUUGCAAGUUAAUUACAGAAAUGCACGCGUGUACAUGUUUUUGUUUA